CAUGUGAGAGAGAAAGAGACAGCGAGUGGGAGGCAAGCAAGCUUUGUGUGGCGAAACAGAAUGAACGGGCUGUUAUUUUAGGCUAGGGCAUUAAUUCACUUGUUUAAUAUUUCCUUCCAUACACAUGUGAAGUGGUAUUUUACGGGUUUGGUACUGAGAAAGGUUUACAUCUCUAUGGCAACAUCGACAUAUCAAAUUAUCAUCACCUCCGCAAGGAAAUAACGGGCAGGGCUGCUGCUACUGGUGUAUUUAUUUAUUUAAUUAUUUAUUUUCCCUCAUGCGUCCUGCAACGUUGUGGGAAACGCGAUCGAGUCAGGCAGCGAUAUCUGAUUUAUGAUGGAUUAAUGGUCGUGUGAGCUGCAUAUGAAAGAAAGGCUUCCAAUGCUGAAUAUGUCCACUCCCAGUGACCUCAAGUCUCCCUGCGUGACACGAAACGGCAUGGUCAAGCUGCCCCCCCAGCCCAACGGCCUCGGUUCGGCCAGCAUCACUAAAGGCACUCCAGCUGCCAAGAAUCGCCUGUGCCAGUCGUCCUCCGUGCCCACCAUCUUGCCUCCCCCUAGCCUGCCCUAUCACCUGGAGCCCCUGCCCACAGCGGCCUCACUGCUGGGCCCUGACCUGGACACGAGCCCCGUGACUGCCAUCAAAGCUCCCCUCUGGCAAUUUCCCAAGCCCCUGCUGGAGAGACAACUGGUGCUGGACGAGAAGGUGCUGAACCGGCUCUUGUGGUACUUCACCACCGCAGAAAAGUGCAUUCUAGCCCAGGUGUGCAAGACGUGGCGGAAAGUGCUCUACCAGCCCAAGUUCUGGGAAGGCGUGACACCCAUUCUACAUGCCAAGGAACUCUACACUAUCCUGCCCAAUGGGGAGAAGGAGUUUGUUAGCCUGCAGGCUUUUGCUCUCAGAGGCUUCCAGUCCUUCUGUCUGGUGGGGGUCUCGGAUUUGGACAUUUGUGAGUUCAUCGACAACUAUCCGCUGUCGAAGAAGGGAGUCAAGUCUGUUAGUCUAAAGAGGUCGACUAUUACGGAUGCGGGACUCGAGGUGAUGCUGGAACAGAUGCAGGGUCUGAUGCACCUUGAACUCUCCGGCUGCAAUGAUUUCACAGAAGCCGGCCUGUGGUCCAGCCUGAACGCGCGGCUUACCUCUCUCAGCGUCAGCGACUGCAUCAACGUGGCAGACGAUGCCAUCGCCGCCAUUUCUCAGCUCCUUCCCAACCUAUCGGAGCUCAGCCUGCAGGCCUAUCACGUGACCGACACGGCCAUGGCCUACUUCACCGCCAAGCAAGGCUACACCACCCACACGCUGCGCCUGAACUCCUGCUGGGAGAUCACCAACCAUGGCGUAGUUAACAUGGUGCACAGCCUGCCAAACCUCACCUCCCUCAGCCUGUCAGGCUGCUCAAAGAUCACCGACGAUGGCGUGGAAUUGGUUGCCGAGAAUCUGAGGAAGCUCCGGAGUCUGGAUCUGUCCUGGUGCCCCCGUAUUACUGACAUGGCCCUUGAGUAUAUCGCCUGUGACCUACACAAGCUGGAGGAGCUGGUUCUGGACCGAUGUGUGCGGAUCACAGACACAGGCCUGGGUUACUUAUCUACCAUGUCAACUCUGAGAAGUCUCUACCUGCGCUGGUGCUGUCAGGUGCAAGACUUUGGGUUACAGCAUCUAUAUGGCAUGAGGAGUCUUCGUCUUCUCUCUCUAGCAGGGUGUCCUCUGCUGACCACUACUGGCCUAUCAGGCCUGAUCCAACUGCAAGAGCUAGAGGAGCUGGAACUGACCAACUGCCCGGGCGCCACAGCCGAACUCUUCAAAUACUACUCCCAGCAUCUGCCGCGCUGCAUGGUCAUCGAGUAGAGCAAAGAGUUUCAUGGGCACCAGCACCCACCACAUCACCAAAACCUCCUCCUACAGACUGAUGAUAAACCCAACUUCAUCCUGGACCCACAGGAAGAAUCAACGAGAGAAAUUGAAUGGAAGUUUUUUUCUGGAGGGGUGAAAAGGGAUCAUUGACAUGGAAGACAAAAAGGGAAAUCUGAAAGAAAAGGUCGGAACGGGCCUGGACUGACGAGCGAGAGGGCAAAUGUACAAAGCGCAGUGGGUCAGAGGCUAGAUCUUUCAUUAAAUAACAUGACACAUAGGAAUCAGCCCCCACACAUACAUGAAACAUGUUCCUCCACUGAACUGUGAGACUAGCUUCCAUGUCUCAUCCAAAACUGUUUAUCUUGAAGUGACAAAGGUGUGCGCUGCCUGUUUGAGCUGUCUCUCAUAUCCAGGGAAAGGUAGAGAGGAACCGAAACAUUUAAGGGAAAGAACGAGGUUAAGGAGCCAAUGCAACAGGGUCUCUUUGCUUUUGUCCAGUGCCAUCCGGGUUUCUCGCUCCCCUCAGUGGUGCUGCCGCUCCAUCUCGGUGUCUUAUCAAGGGAAAAAUCCAGAACUUUAGAGAUGAACAGCUACGUAGAUUUUCACAUCAACGCUACUUGCUUUUUGUCAUGCAGUUCUCUUUUUGUCUUUUUUUUUUUUAAAUAUUAUUUUUUUAAGUAUUAUUUUUGAUGAGAAGGAUUACUGUGAAACAUUUAUGUUGCGAGUUGGUGGUUUUGGACACUUUGAAUAAGAUGGAAAUCCAGGUACGGUGAAGGUACAGUAUUAAGAGGUACUGUCCUUUGAAAGGAACCAGCAUAAUCAGAAGUCAGGAGGUUAUUUUUCCCAGCAGAUUGCUCUUUUAAAGACAUUUCCAGAUAUUUUGAGUUGGGGAGAGCGGGGCGGAUCGGAACUGCUCAUACAUUUUAAUAUAGUUCAAAAAGACUGUGGUUUGUACACAAGAUAGCUUUGCUUUUUCAUCUCCCUGUUUUAUUUUAAUUUCAUUUUGAUGUCAAUUGAUAUUAGUGGCUUAUGUGCGGGUUUCCAUAUUAAUCCUGAUUCAAAUGAAGAUGAGAUCUCUGAGUGAUCCCAUAAUGCAGCUGGGCCACGUGACAGCCUUUAACAGACUGAAACUGCACGUCAUUGCUUACUUGUCACCAGGCCAAACCAUUACGGCAGCGGACAGCAUGGCAGUUCUACCAUAGUUUCUUACAGUGCGGGCGCAGUAUCUCUUUCAGCCCGAGUGCUUUUAAAUACAUCUGAUGAAUACGGUUUACAGUGAUUUGCAUCAAAUGCAGAGGCAGGCCAGUGUAAUUAAAGAGAUCACAAACAUCCCACUCAAGCUUAUUACAGUAGUCUCUCUUCAUCUAGCAGUUUUGCUUUCCCAUUAAGCAAUACCCACAUGUCUGCUUUUAGAUUAGCAGCGCCUCUUUUUAUUUUCAGAGGUGCCGGGUUCUUCACCCUCACAACUGUGCUCAUCUGUGGUGCCUACCUCAUUUUAUCAUGGGGUAUGUAGAAUACAGGUCCGCAGGGGAAUUUGCAGAAACCAGCCAUUUGUUGUUUUCCAACCCACUCCAUACCCCAUACCGAACCCUGCAUUUGUCCUCUCAGGAGAUUAACGUGCUGCUCAGAUCAUCUCAGAUGGGUUUGCUGUGAUGUUGAUGACCUUAAUGUUCACCUACUUUACCCAGUCUCAAACUUAACACAUGCAAAGUUGCAGAAAAUAUGGCGUGGUGAACAACAACAAGUCCUAACUAGUGAAAUGUGUUUACCUCUGAAUAUUUGAAUCACCUGUGGACAGAUAUGGUAGUGCAUGCAAUUUGGUACUUUUUUUCCUUCAGGAAAGUGUACAAGAAAUGUACUAGUCGAUUUUAGGCAUGCUGUUUCACUCGAAACACGGCUGGUUAGCGCCCCUGCUGGUACAUGCCUGAACUACAUCAUCUGAAUGCAUAAAGUAUAUCUCUACAUUGAUGGCCAUCCAAAAUUAGCAACAUAUUUUGACUUAAUUACUAUUUUUUUUAAAACAAUCGUUCCUAGAGUGAUGGCAUUGAAGAACCAUAUUCAGUUUUCCAAAGAAUCUUGCAGUGAACAGUUCUUUUAACAACCAUUUUGCGAGUAAGAAACUUUUAUUUUGUGGACAGUUGAGAUUAAUGACAAUUCUAAUUGAUUGCUAGCUUUCUCCAGCUAUUAUAUUAUAUUCAAACAUUAAGCUAAUCUUACUUCAAAACGUGUAGAACAAACAGAUGGAAACUAUGUCAGUGUAAUUCCAACAUCACAGUCUUUAAGUGGACACUAUCCCACUAUACACUAUCCCAGUCUAAAUUCACUAGGCAUUAAAGAUAAAAGAUUAUAUAACAUUAGCAUAAACAUUAGCACUCACCUCAGAAGUCGAUCUCUCUUCUUGGUGACCUGUUUAAUGGGGGGUCACAGCUAAUAAGGGUUAGCAGCUGCUGCUAAUCCAGGCGAGAUCCCCUGAAACUUUUAAUCUCACUACCUUGUGACUUUAUCUUUUGAAUCAUUGAAGUUGUUACGUAUUUAUUUGCUUUUACUUAUCAUUGGUAGUGGGUUAAUUUAUUGACACGAUGCGCAUAUUUAUUUAUUUAUUACGUUUCCGAGGAUUGUACGAGCUUUAUUUAGAAGUAGAACAUGUUUGUUUGUUUUUUGAUGGGGUCUACUAUGGAAAUUGAAGUUGAGCUUUAUUCAGAUGAAUUUACCCUUUUUUUAAACCAUGGUUUCGAUGGUCGGAAUAACCGUGUGCUUUUUUGGCUGGGCAGACUGUUGACAGAAGAAUAGAAGGGCAAUAACUUUAGACAGAAGCCAGGCUGACAGUGAGUUGACCUACCUUUUCUAGCCCUACCGCUGCCCAUUUUCUCGUUUUUAAUGACUAAUCUAGUUCACCUCUUUUGUUUUUGGUUGUAAAAUGUAAGUUGAGAGACGCUGUCAUAAAGUAUAGUAGCCUAACAGUGAAUCUGCGUUGUGUCCAGGAUUGGAUGUGAAAUAUUCUGCACCAGUUCAUAUGCCUGCGCUCAAACUGUAACUCUGUUUGGUUGCUUUGAGGUAUCCUGAUAACUAAUAGAAGACAUAUUGCAGUAUUUACACUCAUUUGAUAGUCUUACAAAGAAUGCAACAGGUUAUAUUCACAAAGAUCUGAAGGAAAUCCCAUGAAAGCGCUUUUCAUUUCAUAUGUCUCCAUAAUAGAAACAACCAUUUGAGAUGAAAGAAAUAAAGAGAGAUUAUAAAUAUAACGUUAAGGCUUUGCAUAGUAUUUGAGGACAACUGUAUGAAACUGUCGGAGAUAUUGUAUUAAUCUUGUAUAAAUACUAUCGUUUUCACUUCCAAACCGAGCCUUUUCCCUCUUUGUAUAGAAUGAGAUUUAUGCGUGUGGGAACUUUUUCACUUAAUAGAACCCUAAAUAUAAAUAUAAUAACUCAUGCACUAACCCAACUGUAAUCUGUAAAUAUCUAACAAUAUGUCAAGGUCAUCUGUCAGAAGGUUUCAACUGUUUUUGAGGCUGCCUGGCUCUAAGCGCACACGUGAGAAACCUGGUCAAGAAAGAGGCAAGAUAUGCAAAAAAGGUUAAUGUCUUUUAGCGAUGAGUAACAUCAGGAAUGGAUAGUAUAGAAGACUUCAGCUUGUUUCACUUUGUACAUUGAGCUAAUAUCAAAGACAUGUUAAUACGGGCUAAAUGCAAGAACAUUAACAGAUGUUUAUUGUGUGUCUACAUUGACGUUACGCCUGCUGCCUUCCUCAUACCAUCGAGGCAGGGAGUCAAUGAAAUACUGGUAGUACUGUGUGAAUUUCGCUUUCUUACCAGACAAAUCUGAUUGGCAGAUACGGAGUGGUUCUUUCCGAUUUACACUGUAAAUUUAAACCAUUUUCAAGUCCAGUUUCCAUGAAUAGUGCUCCUCUGAUCUUGCCCUCUGAAGGUUUUACUAGCUUACCACAUCCAGAGUGUGCUGGCAGUUUCUGUUCUCUCUCCAGCUUCAUUUUAACUCUAAAUGUAUGGCGCUUCUAAUUGUUAAGCGAAUAGAAUAAAUCAUCUGUUCCUCUAACUCUUCCCAACUAACAUAUGUCAGGAUUGUUUCUUUUAUAAAAUUUGAGAAGGACAUGAUUCAACAACAGAAAACAGCUCUUUUGUUGGCUCUUUGUAUGUACUUGUACAUGUAAUACUAAACCAAUAUUAGUAAUGCUUUUGACAUUCAUACAGGGUCUAUAACAACGACUUUUAUUCUGGUGCAAACACUUGGUUUGGGUGACUGUGGUUCAACAGCCUAAUGAGCAAAGUUAAAUAUCUGCCUCACACUGAUUAUCUAAAAUGUUUCUUUCAUUUCUUUGGUAUUUUAUUUCUCUGGUGUGACAUUGGCAUGUCGCAGUUCUCAGUUCUUUAGGGUACAUUUCUUUCUGUAAAUACUGUUGUAGUGGUUCAUUUAAAAUGAAAGAGAAAAAGACAAAGUUUUAUGAACUCCAUCUCAUGGCUGCAGUGCCUUGUCAGACAAGCGUUGUUGUUUUCAGUUGGUUGGUUCCAGUCUGCACCGUUUUAGUAAAAGUUGUACAAAAUAA